AUGGCGGCCGACGCCAAUCCUCGAAUGGAGCCCAACGACACCGAUUCGUCCAAAACAUCCCUCACCAGACUCAGACAAGGUAAAGCAAAAAAAACCAAUCGAAUCGAAUCGAAUCUAUCCGAAAAAACCCCCCGAUUAAUCGUCCGACAGGAGUGAUGAACGCCGAGCAACAGUACAACAAGAUCACCGACAAAAUCACGAUCGUCCGCGGCGAAAAUCCGCCGGAGAAAACCAACGAAUUCGAGCCGGGCAUCGACUGCGACUUCGAGAACGAUUGCCUGUGGCAUUGGCGGAAGGAUAUCGCUAAUGGGUUUUUCAUCACCUCCGGUUCCAAAGUGCUAGAAGGCGAAACCGGACCCAAAAGCGACGCCGAUAACAGCGAAGGGGGGAGUUUCUUGUUACUUCGAUCGCCACUAAAAACGACCACGUUCCAAGUAAACAGCCCGCUAUUCACUCCGACCGUAUCGUCGUGCAAAUUUUCCCUGUGGAUUUACCAGGAGAAAAUGCAAGGUUCCAUCAAAAUCGUCGGCGACAAAGAAGGCACCCAAUGGCUGCUAAAAAUCAUACCGAGCGACGACAGCAGAAAGUGGCGCAAAUACGAAAUGUCCGUCGGCAAAAUAUCCAAGAAUUUCACCAUCAUCUUGGAGGUGGUGCCCAACGAGAACGCCACCGACAAGGCGACGGUCGCCUUCGACAACAUCCACCUGUUCCAAUGCUACCACAAAAACGACGACUCCUGCUCGACGCUCCAAUACAAAUGCAAGGGCACCAAGGUGUGCAUCAACAGCACCAGCGUCUGCGACAUCACCAGAGACUGCCAAUACGGCGACGACGAAACCCUCAACUGCGACCAAAUGCCGUUCGGUUCGCGGUGCAACUUCGAAGACGAUUGGUGCGGCUGGCAGAACGUCGACGUGAAGGUGCUGUCGUGGAUCAGGCACAACGGGUCGACGCCUACCAACUUCACCGGCCCCAAUUUCGAUCACACCUACAAGAACGGCACGGGGAAGUACCUGUUCGUCAACAUGCUGGCCAACAACGCCAAGUUCGCCACCUCCGCCACGUUGCGCAGCGUCGAUUUCAAUCCGCCGCCGAGGGUGCACGGCAACUCGUCGUCCAGAUAUUACAAUUCCUGCGCGAUUCGUUUCUAUUUGCACAAGUUCGGGAAGCAUCCGAGCGGGUGUUCCUUGCAGGUGACCGAGCUGAGGCCUUCCGAGAACGUUUCCACUGAAAUCUGGUGGAGGUAUUCUUUAUUCGAGGAUCAGUGGAUCAGACAAGUUAUAAUUCUACCGAAUAUUACAUACAGGUACUAUCUUCAUUUCGAAGCUAGAAGAGGCAUCCGGUAUUUGAGCGAUAUAGCCAUAGACGAUGUUUCGUUGAGUCCGGAAUGCUUCGGAUUGAAUAUACCCAAAGAGGAAUUGGGAGAUUAUAACUACUGGGAUGUACGAGGCGGUUAUGAACCCAAGAAGGAAACUUACAAAGACUUCGCUAAUAAAACUUAUUACCACAUAACAACUUGCAAUGCGAAAGGUAGAUUCGGACCGACAGAAACCGAUUGCGCCAGAACUUACAACAAAACCAAAGUAGCUAUCAAAGUCGUUCACGAACCGGGAUUGACUGGUGUUCAAAAAUGGGUGGUACCCAUUACUGGUUAUUACACUUUCAUUCUUAGCGGAGCCAGCGGCGGCAAAGGCAGCUCCUCGAUGGGCUCUUCUCGAGGCGCCAUGCUCAGAACCAUACUGGAGCUCAAAAAGGGCCAGGAGAUAUUCAUGUUGGUGGGCCAGGAAGGGACCAGUUCCUGCGUAAAGAGUCUCGGUUCAGUGAGGAAUUCCUCUUGCCAUUCGAACCAAAACUUCGGCACCGGCAUCAGAGGCGUCUUGAAUAUAAGCAUCAACGAUAGCGGCGGUGGCGGAGGAGGCGGCACUUUCAUAUUCUUGCGAAAUCGCACCAAGGAGAAGAUCCCGUUAGCGAUAGCUGCAGGAGGUGGUGGUUUAGGCCUCGGUCACUUCAGCGUUGACAACACCGAACAACACGGUCGCGGCAUCGAAAAACACAAAUUACCUUUCACCGGUAAAAUGUACGGAACAAAAAGCGCCGGAGCCGGAGGCGGUUGGAAAAUGUACGACGGCCUGGUGGAUUCCAUGCACAAAGUCAUGAUGGGCAGCUCCCUCGAAGCCGGAGGAAUCGGCGGAAAAGCCUGCUACAAUUCCACAGACGAACGAGGAGACGGGGGAUUCGGCGGCGGAGGCGGUGGUUGCGUAUACGGCGGGGGCGGCGGCGGCUACGCCGGCGGCGACGCCCCUUCGGUGAAUUCCUCCAACGGAGAGGGCGGCUACUCGUACUUGGACUUCUCCAAAGCGCUGGCCCAUCUCACGAAGGCCGAAGGCGGCUUCAACGCCGGCCCCGGCUACGUCAUCAUCAUACCGAACAUCGACGGUUGCGAGUGCGACUACAAAUGCCUGGCCUUGGACGCCAUGAGAUCGGAGAUCACCUGCAUAUGCCCCCCCACGUGGAUAUUGGCCGAUGAUCAGAAGACCUGCAAAAUAUUGAACGAUCCUCCGUCGGAAGGGCCGUAUCCCACGUGGUUCGUUGUGGUUCUAAUAGUCACCGUGUUCUGCUUGGUGAUCGCCUUCGGGGUGGUUUGUUUCGUGCUCUAUAAUCGUUAUCAACAACGAGCGACCGGUAUAAUGCGAAGGAAAAUGGUAUCGGGCGCCGAUUUGCAGCUCGACAGACUGCGAAUGGCCUCCGACAGCAUGAUGACCGAAUACAAUCCCAACUACGAAUUCGGCGGGGUGGUUUACACCCUCAAAGACCUCAAGGAUAUACCCAGGGAACAGCUGCGGCUGGUCAAAGCGCUGGGUCAAGGAGCCUUCGGUGAGGUGUACCAGGGCUUCUACAGGCAGCGGCCCUGCGACACGGUGGAGAUGCCGGUGGCGGUUAAAACUUUGCCCGAGAUGUCGACCUCGCAGGCCGAGAUGGACUUCCUGAUGGAGGCGCUCAUCAUGUCGAAGUUCAAUCAUCCGAACAUCGUGCACUUCAUCGGCGUGUGCUUCGACAAGCAUCCGCGUUUCAUCGUGCUGGAGCUUCUAGCCGGCGGGGAUUUGAAGAACUUCCUCAGGGAAUCCAGACCGAAAUCGGAACGAGCUAGUCCUCUUACGAUGAAAGAUUUGGUACUGAUAUCGGUGGAUGUAGCCAAAGGAUGCAAGUAUUUAGAAGACAACAGGUUUAUUCACAGAGACAUAGCGGCUAGGAAUUGCCUGUUGACGACCAAAGGUCCCGGACGGGUGGUCAAAAUCGCCGAUUUCGGAAUGUCCAGAGACGUUUACAGAUCCGAUUACUACAGGAAAGGCGGUAAAGCGAUGUUGCCGAUAAAAUGGAUGCCGCCCGAGGCCUUCCUCGACGGCAUCUUCACCAGCAAAACGGACGUCUGGUCGUUCGGCGUGCUCCUCUGGGAGAUCAUGUCGAUGGGCUACAUGCCUUACACGGGCUGCUCCAACAGGGACGUCAUGCAACUGGUCACCAGCGGCGGCAGGCUCGAACCGCCCGCCAAUUGUCCAGGUCCUAUAUACGGUAUAAUGACUCAAUGUUGGCAUCCGGCGCCCGAGCACCGGCCGAAUUUCGGCACGAUUUUAGAAAGAUUGGGCUACUGCGUGCAGGAUCCUCAAGUGAUGACCGCCCCGUUGCCAGUUUUCCAACGACCACCCUCUUACGAACGGGACACCACCGUCAUGAGACCGUCAGGCUCCGAGGAGAACUGCCUGCAGGUGGUACCGACAUCCUCGGAUUACCUAGUACCGAACCAUUCCAACCCGAUCGUCUCCGAUCGCAUCGAAUCGACCUCGUCGGUGGAGAAACUCCUGCCGGACAAUUCCGACAGUUGGGAAACCUCCUUCAUCAUGCCCACUUCGAGAUCCACGCAACCCCUCCUGUUGGAUAACAUCAAAGAAGACGAGGGCGCCACCUCCGUGGACAAGUUGCUGUCGAUGGACGGAGAGAACCACAACAACAACGCCAAACCGGCGGAGUAUGGGUUGAAGUCGGGGGUGUCGCUGGACGCGGGGGCGCUGGCGAAGCAGGCGAUGGCGCCGAAUCCGGGCGGGAAGUACGCGAACGUCAACGCCGGGGAAGGCCCGACGAGCAACGGGGGAUUGUUGCAGAACGAUCCAUUCUCUAAUCGCGUCGGCCAGAAGCAGGAGGUGAACUGUUAA